CGUCAACUUAGAAAUGUCAAAUAGUUUCGUGAUUUCAUCUUUUUCUCAACAAUUUUCGUAAUUUCUAAAAUUUCAAAGUUCUAAGUCUGUGUAACGAUGCAAACAAUUCGAAGAAUAGCAUUGUUUUAGCAGUAAAUCAAGUAAAUGGACAGCCAGUCCACGAUGUCUAGUGAGAACACAGAUGGUCCGAAAGUGGAGGCCGCGGGCGAGUGCAACGGCCCGGCCGCGGACCAAACGAGGAGAUUACUAGAAGAAGAAUUUAAUGUUCAACGAGCGAAAAUGAAAGAGUUGUUCUUGCAAAAAGAAGAGGACAUGAGGAAGAUGCUUCAGGACAAGGAGCAGUUGGAGUCGGAGGUGCUGGGGCUCCGGGCUGAGCUGCAGCAGCUACAGACCCUGAGUGAGAACCAGAAGUCGGAGAUACAGAGCUUGCAGAUGCUUGUUAGUGAAACAGUGGAAGCAUCGUCAUCAGGCACGGAGGAGGUGAGGCGGCUGCGCGCCAGGAACUUGGAGCUGGAGCAGCAUCUCAACCAGAUGAGGCAGCAGCAGCAGGAGGUGUCCCUGGCGCCCGCCACCUUUGUCCGCUCUCUCGCCAGGAAGCUCACGGCUGAGACUGAAGAUCAGCCGCCUAAGAAGAACUUAGAAGAAGAGCUGCUGCGGUCCAUUAUCCAGCCUCUUGAGAUGGAGAUCGCGGCGCUCAAGACCAAACUACGAGAUACCGACGCGCAGCUACAAGAUGCUCUAGCGAAAGCGAAAUCUACAGCCGCCGCCGCCGCGAGUGGGGAUGCCAAAACAGAAAAUGCAGAGGCGAGCAGACAAUGCGACAUGUGCGCGAACUAUGAGAAGCAGCUGGUGCUAGAGCAGGCCAACGCUGAGCAGGCUCGCGACAAGGCCCUCAUGAAGGAGUUGGCGCUCAAACAGGCGACGGAAGAGCUAGAAGGUGUCAGAUCCCUGCACGACGAGACGGUGCGGUCGUGGCACUCGGAGCGGCAGGCCAGCGCCGAGCAGCUGGACAGCCUGCAGGCGGCAGUGGACGCGGCACGAGCUGCCCUGGAGCAGCAGGCCGCGGCGGCCGAGCAGGCCUCGCAGCGAGCGCUGCAGCAUGUCACCGAGCUCACGGUGGACAGGGAGACGCUGCAGAAGAAGCUCGACAGUUUAGAGAGAGAUAACGCUAUGUUGAUGGGACAGUACACGAAGAAGGCUGCCGACAUGCAGAAUGAAAUCAUCGACCUGCCUGAUAAUGUAGAGGAGCUACAAGAGCUGACACUGCGUCUCCGGGAGCAGCUGAUCCUCUGCGAGAUCGGCCGCGAGGAGGCGCGCGGCGCCGAGCGCGAGCUGCGCGCUCAGCUGCUGCAGCACGGCGCCCUGUUCCACCGCCAGGACGCUGAGCUCACUGCGCUCAGGAACAGCCUUAAGGAGGCCAAGGAAGAAAUCGACCGUCUCCAAACGGAACAAGCAGCGAUGCAGGAGCUAGGGUCACGGCUGCGUCAGGCGGGCGAGCUGGGCUCCACCCUGCUGGAGGACAAGCGGCGCCUGCAAGCCGAGCUGCUCGAGCUGCGCGGCCGCGUCUCCGUGCUGCAGCAGGAGCUGGAUAACAGCGAGAAGGUGCAGCAGGACUUCGUGCGACUGUCGCAGUCGCUGCAGGUGCAGCUGCAGCGCAUCCGCGAGGCGGACACGGAGGUGCGGUGGCAGCACGAGGACGACGUGCACGAGUGUCCCGCCUGCCACGCGCAUCUGCCCAACCCCAAGAAGAAGGUGCACUGCCGGCAUUGCGGGCGCAUCUUCUGCAGCGCGUGCGUGUCGUGCAGCGUGCCGGCCGGGCCCCGCCGGGUCCCCGCGCGGGUCUGCGCCGUGUGCCGCACGCUGCUGCAGCCCCACGCCGCGCCCUACUUCAGCACCGAGCCGCCGCGCUCGCCCGACUAGCCGCCCUACACCACCAGCCGCCCUGCACCACCAGCCGCCCUACCCGCGCCUGUGCCGCACGCUGCUGCAGCCCCACGCCGCGCCCUACUUCAGCACCGAGCCGCCGCGCUCGCCCGACUAGCCGCCCUACACCACCAGCCGCCCUGCACCACCAGCCGCCCUACCCGCGCCUGUGCCGCACGCUGCUGCAGCCCCACGCCGCGCCCUACUUCAGCACCGAGCCGCCGCGCUCGCCCGACUAGCCGCCCUACACCACCAGCCGCCCUGCACCACCAGCCGCCCUACCCGCGCCUGUGCCGCACGCUGCUGCAGCCCCACGCCGCGCCCUACUUCAGCACCGAGCCGCCGCGCUCGCCCGACUAGCCGCCCUACACCACCAGCCGCCCUGCACCACCAGCCGCCCUACCCGCGCCUGUGCCGCACGCUGCUGCAGCCCCACGCCGCGCCCUACUUCAGCACCGAGCCGCCGCGCUCGCCCGACUAGCCGCCCUACACCACCAGCCGCCCUGCACCACCAGCCGCCCUACCCGCGCCUGUGCCGCACGCUGCUGCAGCCCCACGCCGCGCCCUACUUCAGCACCGAGCCGCCGCGCUCGCCCGACUAGCCGCCCUACACCACCAGCCGCCCUGCACCACCAGCCGCCCUACCCGCGCCUGUGCCGCACGCUGCUGCAGCCCCACGCCGCGCCCUACUUCAGCACCGAGCCGCCGCGCUCGCCCGACUAGCCGCCCUACACCACCAGCCGCCCUGCACCACCAGCCGCCCUACCCGCGCCUGUGCCGCACGCUGCUGCAGCCCCACGCCGCGCCCUACUUCAGCACCGAGCCGCCUUACCUACCUGCUGCAGACCCACGCCACAUCCACGACACAGUUACACCCCAGUCCCAUCACGCAAUAGUUAGUACGGCGACGUCCACAACACCUUCAAUAUCGCGGUGCAUUCAAGUUGUAAGGCGCUUUCAAUUCAACCUACCAACAUGUCCCCACCCCCCAUUCCUAGUGACGUACACUUCCAAAAAUGCAAUACUUCUUGGUGCCUCUCUGUCCAUGGCUACUUGAUUUAAUUUGAUCUCGUCCCAAGCUUUAACAAUAUUUCAAGCUCUUUCCACAAAACGUCUUCAAGUUGUGGCAAACGCGGCUUUCGACGCCUUUCAUCCCUCCGUAUUGUACCCAGCUGUGCUAAAGUAUUUCUGAUAAACUUUGUUCACCUCAGAAUAAUGUCGUCUGUAAUAUUAGAAUUAGUGUAACUAGACAAUCUUUAUUGUGUUAAAUUAUUUUUGUUGAGGACAGCCUGGUGGCAGGCUUCGAGAUUUUCAUAAUGAAUGAUUCGUGAUAAAGGGAAUCAACAGCCUUAUAGGAAAAAAAAUCGAAAGAAUCUAUGUUAAUAAACAAAAUUGCUGUCAAAAAUUGGAUAUAUGUAUCUGAAUGGUGUGAAGCCAGUGUAAUUCGGAUAAGGUUGUUGUGCUGGUCGCGCCUGCGCAGUGAGUGCGCACUGAACACUAAGUUAUGACAUCUAGCGAUAGCGUAGAAUAAGAGUUGUAAUAUAAAGAUAUUUUAUUGUAAAUAAAAGAGCUCCAUAUUA